GCAGGACAGAUCCAAGCCUUGCACAGAACGGCAGUGCGCAAUGCCAGUGGAGGGGCCUUGUUUGUGCACAGAGACAGUCCUGAAAAUAAUCCAGAUACUCCAUUUGAAUUCACACCUGAAAACAAAAAGCGAAUAGAAGCAAUCAUAAACAACUACCCAGAGGGACACAAGUCUGCAGCUGUCAUGGCAGUACUGGAUUUGGCCCAAAGACAGCAUGGAUGGUUGCCCAUAUCGGCUAUGAACAAGGUUGCUGAAGUUCUAGAUAUGCCUCCCAUGAGAGUGUACGAAGUAGCGACCUUCUACACGAUGUACAACCGCAAACCUGUUGGGAAGUACCACAUUCAGGUCUGCACCACCACGCCGUGCAUGCUGCGAGACUCCGACAGUAUCUUGGAAGCCAUUAAGAAGAAACUUGGUAUAAAAGUUGGGGAAACAACACCCGAUAAGCUCUUCACGCUGAUCGAAGUGGAAUGUUUAGGUGCUUGUGUAAACGCACCGAUGGUACAAAUAAAUGACAACUACUACGAAGACUUGACACCAAAAGAUAUUGAAGACAUAAUUGAUGAGCUAAAGGCUGGCAAAGUUCCCAAACCAGGCCCAAGGAGUGGACGUUUCUCUUGUGAGCCAGCCGGUGGCCUUACUUCUCUGACUGAACCUCCCAAAGGACCAGGCUUUGGAGUUCGACCUGACCUCUAAGGAUUUUUGUAAUAUAAGAUGAACUGUCUGAAAAUAAUAAAGUACCUUCAAUCUCAGUAAAAUUA